GCCCGGGCGGGGCGGCGCCGAGCAGAUGAAUAAUUGAAGCCGAGGGGAGGCGGAGGAAGAGGAGCUGGAGGAAGAGGAGGAGGAGGGAGCCGCCCGCACAGGGUCCUCCCCGCUCGGCACCCCACCCCCUCCGCCGCCCGGAAGUCGCUCCCCGCCUCCUGCUCCGCCAACAUGGCCGCGAAGUCGGAUGGAGCGGCGGCCGCGGCCGGCCCCGGGCCGGAGGGGGCGGCCGGAGGAGCCCGGUGCGGCGCCGGCGGGCGCGGGGAGGCGGCGGCGGUGGCCGGGGGCCCCGGGGCGGUCGGGGCGGGAGGCCCAGGGCCACGCUACGAGCUGCGGGACUGCUGCUGGGUGCUGUGCGCGCUGCUCGUGUUCUUCUCCGACGGCGCCACGGACCUGUGGCUGGCGGCCUCCUAUUACCUGCAGGGUCAGCGCACCUACUUUGGCCUCACGCUGCUCUUCGUGCUCCUGCCCUCGUUGGUCGUGCAGCUGCUCAGCUUCCGUUGGUUCGUCUACGACUACUCUGAGCCCGCGGGGGCCCCGGGACCCGCCGUCAGCACCAAGGACAGCGGCACCGGAGGAGCCGCCAUCAGCACCAAGGACAGCGCCAGCGUCCUCAGGACCAAAGAAGGCAGCCCUGAGCUGGGUCCCCGACCUGCGCCCUCCUCGGCCAGCGCCUACCGCCGCCGCUGCUGUCGCCUCUGCGUCUGGCUGCUGCAGACCCUCGUCCACCUUCUGCAGCUCGGCCAGGUCUGGAGGUACCUGCACGCCCUGUACCUGGGGCUGCAGAGCCGCUGGCGAGGGGAGCGGCUGAGGCGCCACUUCUACUGGCGGAUGCUGUUCGAGAGCGCCGACGUGAGCAUGCUGCGCCUGCUGGAGACCUUCCUGCGCAGCGCGCCGCAGCUGGUGCUGCAGCUCAGCCUGCUGGUGCACCAUGGCGGCCAGCCAGACCUGCUGCCCGCCCUCUCCACCUCCGCCUCCCUCGUGUCCCUGGCCUGGACACUGGCCUCCUACCAGAAGGUGCUGCGGGACUCCAGAGAUGACAAGCGGCCCCUGUCCUACAAGGGCGCUGUGGCCCAGGUGUUAUGGCACCUGUUCACCAUCGCAGCCCGAAGCCUGGCCUUCGCCCUCUUCGCCAGCGUUUACAAGCUGUACUUUGGUAUCUUCAUCGUGGCCCACUGGUGCGUCAUGACCUUCUGGGUCAUCCAGGGAGAGACGGACUUCUGCAUGUCCAAGUGGGAGGAGAUCAUCUACAACAUGGUUGUGGGCAUCAUCUACAUCUUCUGCUGGUUCAAUGUCAAGGAGGGCCGCAGCCGCAGCCGCAUGGCCCUCUACUACUGUAUUGUCCUGCUGGAGAACGCUGCACUCACCGGCUUCUGGUACUCCAGCCGCAACUUCUCUACUGACUUCCACUCGCUCAUCCUGGUCUGUGUGGUGGCCUCCAGCUUUGCGCUGGGCAUAUUCUUCAUGUGUGUCUAUUACUGUCUCCUGCACCCCAAUGGGCCCAUGCUGGGUUCCCAAUUACCUGGCUGCAUCUUCUCUAAAGCCCCAGGGCCCUGUGGUCCACCAGCUGAUGCUGUCACAAGCCCCCCAAGGUCCCUGCCAAGGACUACAGGCGCUGAGCGGGAUGGGACCUCAGGGGGAGGUGAGCGUGCGGGGACACCCACACCACCUGUCUUCCAGGUACGGCCUGGCUUGCCUCCCACACCAGUGGCCCGCCCCUCACGGACAGAAGGGCCUGUCAUUCGGAUUGACUUGCCCCGUAAGAAAUACCCAGCAUGGGAUGCUCAUUUUAUAGACCGCAGGCUCCGGAAGACCAUUCUGGCGCUGGAGUACUCCUCACCGGCCACACCCCGCUUGCAGUACCGGAGCAUGGGGACCUCCCAGGAGCUGCUGGAAUAUGAGACCACGGUGUAGGCCACAGUCUGCUCCCCCCCCAAAAAAAGGGACAGGCUUGGCUGACCCCACAGUGACCACAGUGUUGAGUCUGGAAUUUCAGGACCACUAGACUGAGGGGGGCGGGAUAUAUCUGUGGGUCCAAGGGUAGAGUGGCCUCGCCACUGGUUCCUUUAAGGAAAGAGGCAGCCUUGUGGAGGCCCCCAUUUUCAGCCCUGGGGCCCAUUCCCGAAAAUCCCCUGAACCAGGGCCCAGGGAAUCAACUGGUGCUACACCCCUCAUGCGCUGCCCUGCUUUCAU